UAACGACGCCACUUUAGGUGACUAUGCUCGCCCAUACGAGUGCGCUAUCCUUCUACAGUAUUAGCACCCUUAUUCCUUGGUGGGGGCGUACUACUGUGCACCUCCUGGGUGAGUGUGCGGCGAGGGUAGGUGGAGACUGCUGUUGUAACAGUAACUGCAGCAUGAAGAUAACCACAAGUAUGUGGUUAUGGGCAGCAUUCCUAGUGAUGCUGGUGGGUGGAGUGCAUGCUGACACCCCAGCUAACUGUACCUUUGAUGACGUGCGUGGUGACUGGAUUAUCUAUGAAACUGAACGCACUGGACAUGCCAACAUCGACUGUGAUAAUAUGGGUCCCAUCGUACAUAAGAAGACGGUAAAACUUAUGUAUCCCAACGUGGCUGUGGACGAGUUUGGUAACCAUGGCACUUGGACCAUGAUCUACAACCAAGGCUUUGAGAUUAAAGUCUCUGGGAGGUCAUAUUUUGCCUUCUCCCUCUAUGAAAAGAGUGGAGAACAAGUUGUGUCUUAUUGUGACAAGACAUUGACUGGCUGGUCCAGAGACCUCACCAUCAGGAACUGGGCAUGUUACAGGGCACAGAAGAAGGAAUCGGUAGCACCUAAGAACUACACACUCCAGCACACACUUCAGGAACACGCCCUGUACAAGUACAAUGAAGCCUUUAUUCAGAGCAUCAAUGGUGCACAGAAUAAUUGGGUGGCUGAUGUAUAUCCAGAGUACGAGUUGAUGACGAUGAUGGAUCACCUUCGGAGAGCUGGUGGCAGGGCGUCAAAGGUGGUAAGUGGUGCUAUUGCAACCCCAGCAAACAUCAUCACCCGACUGCGUAGUGCAAGGAUGCCAGCUACCUGGGACUGGCGUAAUGUCUCUGGGAUCAGCUAUGUGUCUUCUGUCAGGAAUCAGGCAUCCUGUGGGUCAUGCUAUGCAUUUGCCUCCAUGGGUGGGUUGGAGGCGGGCGUCAGGAUUCUCACAAAUAACACCCAGCAGCCAAUCUUCUCUCCCCAAGACAUUGUGGGGUGCUCACAUCUUUCCCAAGGUUGUGAUGGAGGCUUCCCCUUUCUCAUUGCUGGCAGGUAUGCUCAGGAUGUGGGCGUAGUGUUGGAAGAGUGUUCACCUUAUGAAGGAAAGGAUGAUGUGUGUCGUACCAACCCAAAUUGUGUCCGCCAUUACACUGCUAAUUACCGCUAUGUUGGUGGUUACUUUGGUGGAUGUAAUGAAGAGGAGAUGAAGAUAGCACUGGUGAGGGGUGGCCCACUUGUGGUUGGUUUAGAAGUUUAUGAUGACUUCCUUCACUACAGAGGUGGAAUUUACCACCACACUGGACUCAACGACAAGUUCAACCCACUAGAGUUGACAAACCAUGCAGUGCUGCUGGUGGGAUAUGGAGCAGAUGAAGAAACCGGAGAAAAAUUCUGGAUCGUAAAGAACUCCUGGGGUGAGAACUGGGGUGAGGAUGGCUACUUCAAGAUACGAAGGAGUACUGAUGAGUGUGCUAUUGAGUCUAUGGCUGUUGAGGUUGUUCCUAUCCCUUGAAUUCUAGCUUGCAGAAUGGGAAUAGAAAAUUAUAAGAAAACUAAAUUCAAUAAAUUGUUUAGGGAAAUAUGGAAGAAAACAAGUUUUAAAAAGAGAAUGUGUGAAAAUAUUUACCUGUAUUAAUUCUCAACACUUUACUACGAUUGUGACAAAGAUUAGGUGAAUGGUAGCAAAGAGGAGAGACUGGUAAACAAAGGGGAUAAAGAAUGUGAUAACUGGGAGUAGCUUGAGUGAGUACAGAUGACUUUGCAUAUAAAAGUUAAUUAAAUGUAUUAUUGGGUAGAAAAAUAGCAUGCACAAAAUACAGAGAAAAUAAAACUUCAAAAUAAUGUAUAAGAAUAAAUCGGAAGAACAAGUGGCUAAUGGUUUUGAAAUCAAGUGGUACAAAGAACUGUUCUAUAGAGGAGAAUUUAGGAAAGAUUUGAUGUAUUAAAAGAAAGUGAUGAUUAGUUAUGGAUGAAAGUAGAAAUUCGUAGGUGAAGUUAAUGAAAAAUUUAAUAUUGUGGAGUAUAGGGAAUCACUAUUGUAUUGUAAGGAAUGCCUACAUAGGCCAAAUGCUGUAUAUUUGUUGGGUUAUGAUGUUGAGACAUUGAAGUGUGAUACUAAAAGUUUAUUUUUUCUGUUAGUUGCAGCAAUAGUGACUUGUAGUUUACCUCUCCAUAUAUACAGUACUGUACCUAUAUAUUUUUUCACUUCAUGUUUUCAUGUACUUAAGGUGUAAGCUUUUAUUAUAAUAAAAUAAAUUUAAAAUA